AUGGAUACUAUAGAAAAUAAAUAUAAUUUUUUUAAUAGUAAUGUAUCACUACUAGAAUUAUCAUAUGAUGAGGAUCUUAAAGUUAACAUAAUAAACAAAAAUAGCAGCUUAGUAAACUAUUACAAAAAUAAAUUAAAAAAUAAGGAAAUACAGAAAGUUAAAUAUUUUGAUAUUGAUAUAACAGAAGACGUAAAUGAAAUAAAUGGAGCAUUUAGUUCACCAUUAAAAAUAUGUGAGGAAAAUGAAGAUAAUUUACAAUUAAAAAUUAACAGGUUCUUAUUAUCUUGUAAUGAUUACACAUAUGCUAGAAAAAUUCUAUUAAAUGAUAUACACAUAACAAUACAUCAUGGAAGUAAUGACACUAAUUAA